AUGUAUUACUGGUAUUUGCUACUGCUCGCGUUUUUAGGGCUCUCACAGCCGAUUACAUCUGACCGCUUUGAUGGGAGACAGUGUUGCGAUCGUUACCACCAGGAUUUCUCUGACACCAGGCUUUCUCUAUAUGGAAGUUAUAGCGACAAACCGUCAAGCGACAGUAGGAAUUUAAACCGCGCCCCUAAUAUCAGUGUAUCAAGGCGAAUAGAUACCAAGAACACUAAUUUCCGAUCGACUGAAAAAGGGGAGAACGUACACCUUCGAGAAAAAGAUGCCAGGAAUUUAUUCGAAGAACGUUUUAUAAGUCGUGAAACUGUUCGCAAGGAUUCGAUUAAAAACAACGAUGCUUACAACAGCCAAACCUUUAAUAGAAGACUGGUUGUAGACAAUUAUCUGGUGCAACGAUUUCACAAUGACCGAUAUUCCCCAGCUUCGAUUGAAUCCAGAAUUCGUGAAAAUUUCGUGGAUCUUCGAGACGCCAACAGCAAAAGAGAAUCACGCUAUUUGACACGUGCACGGGAAGAUUCAAAUAAAAAUUUGGAUAAGCGUAUCGUGAUAAGAGAAAAAGAAAAUGAUGAACAACGUUUCGUUAAGUCUCGAAUAGAAUCUACAUUACAACGCAAUGCAAAUGAAGACCGUCGAUCAAGGUAUUUAGAUGUUGACAAUUAUAGUCGCGCAAAUUAUAAUAGAGCAAGAAAUAAUAUUCGCGAUAGGAAUUUAGCAAGAGCUUCGGUUAGAGAAGACAAUAGCGAUAGGCGACUUAAAGAUGACUCUGAACAAAGGUUGACACGAUUUGAAAGGGCGGAUAAUGCGCACCAGACUUUGAUCCGUCAUAAUUCCAGGAUAAUGACAAAGCGACAAAAUUACGUCGACCGCUCACAAGUUACCGAGUUGAUGUUCGACCAAGUUACAAGAGCCGAUGUUAGUCGUAGACUAAAUGAAAGAUAUCCAAUAGCUGCUCAUUCUAUGGACAACAUCGCGAAACAUAAAACUGAACGUGCCUCUACUCGAGUCAAAAAACUAAACAAGGUACGUGGCCAAUAUGGCACUGUUGUACGAUCUGAACACCAACUCUUCCGUUCUUUUACGAACACUCAAUACCCUGAUAUUGAAGUCGAUCGUCAACCUUCUCACCUUAAGUCUGAACUUAGUCGAAUAAAAUUUGACGGUGAUCGCCGAGUUUCUCGAGCUGCUACCGAACGCGUUAAUACUUUUAGACAUAUUACGCAACAAUUAUCCCCUUCCUCUACAAGACCUAGUAAGUUUGAAAAUCUUUCUCGUACUCUCCAAGAACGUCACGAAUUUGCAGUUGGUUUAAGUCACUCGCGAUCUAGCACAGAAAAUUACAAAUUAAGGGUAAAUACUGAGCGGCAACUUUCGUGCUCAACAUUAAAACGUUCCAUUAUGGAAAGAAUUGACAACCGUCGCUCCCAUUCGUAUAUAGAUAAUACUGAGCGUGUACCCUAUCAUACUCAAGUUGAAAGACAAGAGAUGCUACGUUUUAACCGUCGAUUGGCGGCUACCCUAAAAAAAGAUGCUAGACGUUGUAUCGAACCUCAACUUUCUAACUCCAUAGGACGCAGAGAUACCCGGACAAAACGAGACGUCACACAAGUUUCUACAGAAAUUCAAAAAUCCAACCUCGAUUUUGAACAAAUACAUAGCCGCUUUGUCGCACGGUUUGGACGCCAACUCUUCCGCUUAUCGACCGACCGCCGAGAUUCAAGGCUCUCAGCAGAACUACGUACGACUAGACUUAACACUGAACGUAAAUCAACGGAAUCAAACACCGAAAGGAAUAACUACCUACCCAAUACAGAGCGCCAAUUCUCUCGCACUACUAAAAGCAUUGAUGCCGGCUCGGUUCUUUCUCAACGUCCAACUGAAAAUGUUGAAGGUUUAUUUAAUAGUAAUCGUGAUACCAAUCGCGCCAAUGAUAAACGUCGACUUACACGUUCCGAUGCACGAGAAAGUAAUCAACAGCAAAUCCUACUUGCAUCCUCAGAACGCGGCGAUAUUCUAUACAAUACUGAUCGCCGCUAUUCUCGUUUUGGUACUCAGCGACAAGAACCUCCACGCAGAACUGAUCGCCAACUCUCUACUUCUCUCGAACGAAUCGACAUUCAUCGCACUGAACGUAAACCCUCUGAUUUCGCUACAGAACGUGCCGAGACCCGACGCAAUAUGGCAGCAAAUUCUCGUUCUCCAGCAACGCGCCAAGUUAAUCGACGAAAUAUUGAUCUUACUGUUACAACUACGGAUUUCGUAAACACUAGAAGAAGUAGUAUUGAUCAUACAAUCUCUCAGACCGCUUUUGAUCGCUCUGAAAACCGUCACGACAUAGAACGACCACGUACUCGUUUUGUUGCAUCGCGACAAGGCAAUCAACGCAGCAUUGAAGGUAAAAUCAAUCUCAACACAGGACAUAAAGAAAUCCGACGUAGAACCGAACUCCACGACUCUCGUUUUGCUGAAACACGUCAAGGAGAUCGACGCAGCAGCGAAGGAACCCAGUCUGCUACUGAAAGGGUGGACAUCACUCGCAAUAUUGAACGGAGCCUCAUAAAACAUAUCGAAAACCGACGCGGUACUAAUCUUCAUAAUACUCGUUCUUCUGCACGCCAAAAUGAUCAACGUAGGAAGGAAUCAAGAUUAAGUCAUUCCACUGUAAAAAUGGCAGAUAUUACUCGUGUUAUUGAACGUAGCUCUUCAGAAGAUAUCGAAAACCGACGCAGUAUUGGUCUACAAGAUUCUCGUUAUGUUACCCACAAAGGUAAUCGACGCAGCGUCGAUGUAGCUCGUUCUAUUGUUAAACAAAUUUCCAUUCGACAUAACACUCAACGUGUACUCCCGCAUAACGUCGCAGAAAGGACUGAAACUCGACGUAAUAUGGCACGUCUAAAUUCUGGUCAUGUUAAUACACAAGAUAAUAGAUGCACACAUGGAAGCAGCACUACUCGCUUCAUUGAAAAUAUCCAAAACCGACGGAAUACCGAACGCUACAAUUCUCGUUACGCUGCAAAAUCCGCAGAGGCAAUCGUUCGAUCAACUACUGAAAUCGCAGACACUAGGAGCUGCAGUGUUGGACAUGAAAGCACUCAUAUCGCCGUAGACCGUGUUGAUAAUCAUCGUUGCAUACAACGUCGUAAUUCUCACUCUGCAACGCAACAAGAUAAUCAAUGUACCAUUGGACUAAUUAGUUCUAAUAAUCGCCCAGACAUUAGACGCAGCAUUGAACGUGAACUCAAUCUUAUCAGUACAGAACGUAACGAAAACCGACGCAGCAGGCGGCGUGAGAAUACUCGAUUUGCUACAUCUCGACAGGAUAACCGAAGAAAUGUUGAUUUCGCUCGUUCCAUUACUGAAUCAGCAGAUAGUAGGAGACCAAUUAUUAAACGUGAAAUCUCUCAAACUGAUCGUUCUGAAAACCGUCGGAGUAUGGAACGACAAUAUUCUCGUUUUACUACAACGCAUCAAAAUAAUCGACGCAGCGUUAAACUCACCAGUUCCUCAAAUGAACGCUCAGAUAUUCACCAAAGCAUUGUACGUAAAUUUUCUAAUGCAUCAGAACGACGAGAACUACAACCCAAUGAAGGACGCCUACGUUUUAUUUCUGCUACAACGAAUCAAGAUAAUCGACGCUACGUUGAAGCUACUCAUUUUACUUCUAAACGCGCAAACACUAUUCCCAACAUCGAACGUAAACUUUAUUCUGCAACAGAACGCUCUGAGAAUAGACGAAGACUUGAACGUUAUGUAUCUCGUUCUACUACUGAAGUUAAUAAUAACCGACACGAAAUGCAUAAAACUGAUCAUCGAAUGUCUUUUUCUGGCAUGUAUGUAUCUCGUCAGAAUAACGAAAGGCAGGAACCACAAAGAAACUUCCGUCAAAACAACGUAGAUCGUCAGUUAGCUCCUUUUAUUUUAGAACUCAAUAGAAAUCAAAAGUACAUUGCUAUGAAUUAUAGCAACAAACAGGAAUCUAAAGAUCAAGUGGACAACUUUAAUUGGCAACUUUUGUUCUACAUCGUGCAGGUUAUAUAUAUUUGUGGCAUAUUCCUGCAAGUACAUACAGACGAUGGAAAUAAAAUGAAAACAAGGAACAUUGGAUUGUGGAACCCUAUGUAUCAAAUAAAAGUAGCGAACAGCGCAAUCGCGUACCUGCAGCGUGCCCUGCUGGCGCCCGCGCUGUCGGCGCUGGGCGGCGGUGGGUGGGAGGCGUGCUUCGAGCACGUGCUGCUGCCGCUGCUGGCAGAGCCGCCCCGCCGGGCCGACGCCGCGGCGCGCGCCGACACCGUCAUGUGCAAGGUGUUCCUGCAGCACCUGGGCGCGCUGAGCUCGCGCGCGUCUUUUGCGGCGCUGUGGGCGCGCGUGCUGCGCGUGCAGCGCGCGCUGCUGGCCGCGCCGCGCGAGCCGCUGCAGGAGGCGGCGCUCGAAUCGCUCAAGAACAUGCUGCUCGUCAUGCACUCCGUCGGGAUAUUCAACACUGGCGACAAUUACAAUGACCUAUGGUACAUUACAUGGGAGAUCGUUGGUGAAUUCCUACCACGUCUGAAAGAAGAGCUGUUUCCAGAUGUGAACGACAACAUGAAACCUGCUUCGAAUCUACCGAACCACCUACAACCACCAAUCCCUUCGUCCUUACCAACCCUCAUCCCAGUUGGGCCCAAUACGCCGACUAUCCUUCCAGUACGGUCCAGUCCGCCGAACGCUACCAACACUCAGGUGAUACCUAACUCAUCAAACCAAAUACCUAGCACAUUGGCUCAAACAUCCCGUUCAAUCCACGUCCAGACAUCCUUGGCUCAAUCACCGAAUAUUCUAGUCGCAUCGAUGGCGCAUUCGCCAGUAAAUUUGGUCCAAACGCCUCCGCUUAUAGCCACACCAUCUUUAGUAGCACCAACACCAAUUAGUAUUGUGCCAACUGUAACCGACGCAUCACAAACUUUAAAUACUGCUGCACCAACUUUAAGCGGAGCUGGACCUGCAAUAGCUGGAACGGUACCAACACCUGUACCAGUUAGCGGAAUGGUACCGAUUAGAAAUUCGCUGUACGAUCAAACUGGACUGACUUCCUCUGUACUUUUACAACCCUUAAAUGAGAUGAUUUCAACGCCAAUAGGAAUAUCGAUACAAACGCCGCAACCGGCUGUCUUAUAUCCACAGUCAUCCCAACCCACUCAAAAUUCACUUCAAUAUCGGUCAGAUACAAAUCAAAGUGAUCCUCAAUCUGAAAAAAUAGAACCUUUAUCCAAUAUCACCAAUUUAGAUAAAAAUACAACUAUACUCGAAGAUACACAGCAAAGCGAGCUAUACGCGGAAUAUUUAACCAAUCCUUACAACGGUGCUAAAGAAAUAUCGCUAAAAGAGGCCACUUUAUACGAUCCGCAGGAAAAUCGCCACGUAUCCGACAUGAAGGACCAAACUGUUCUCGAUCCCGAAACCUUGGACACCUUUCCCAUAUUGACUCAAAAAUCACUAAGCGCGAAUGCAACCCCAAUGCAUAGUAAGAAUAAAGCUCAAUUUAGUUCAAACGAGAAUGUGAGACAGGAAUCUAGUAUUUUCAACUUUGCCAGCUACUUCGGGUCGGCAAACGACAUUGUUAUUCCAGGCUCAGAAGUUUUUGAUACUUUAAUGUCGACACAAGAGGGAUAG